UCACUUGGGCGAGUUUCCGCUCUUGCGUCCCGGCCGGUGCUCGCUCGGUGCGCGCCCAUGGCGAACGGACUGCCGGUCGUCCUCCUCCUCCUCCUCCUCGUGAUCCUUCUGGCGAAGGUGGAGUCUCCACCAUUGCAAUCCAGUUGUGGUGAUGGAGAAUAUUACCAUUCUGGGAUUUGCUGCAAAAACUGCCCUGCUGGUACCCAUGUUGAUGAACCCUGCAACACGCCACAUACUUUGGGGCACUGUGCAGCCUGCACAGAAGGAGAGGAUUACACAGCUCAUGAAAAUGGUCUCGAUACAUGCCUGCUUUGUGAUGAAUGCAAAUCUGGCACAACGAUGGUGAAGCCUUGUACUGUAAAGAGCAAUGCUGAAUGUCGAUGUAACGACGGAUAUUACUGUCCUCCAGACUGUGAAGAAUGUCUGAAAUGCAAGACAAUGUGUCCAGAAGGCCAGGUAACUGUGCAAAACUGCAAUGCCACGGCAGACAUGGAGUGUGGGCCACCUCCUACAGGAGCUUCUCACGUUGAAUACAUGCCAAUAUUGUACAUUGCCCUAUGUGCUGUUUUCAUUACUGUGAUCGGUAUUGGUCUUUUUUGCAAGAAAUACUGUGUUUCUUGCAGCAAGGAAGAAAAAAGUGUCAAUAAUUAUUUGAACGCUGAUAGCACUGAUGACUUGUUGCCGAGCCGAAAAAACUCAAACACAGAUGCACUCCCUACUGAAAUCCAGGAAGUACACCCAUCUCUUGUUGACCCUGCUUCUGUAUCAAGUUAUUCUGUCUUGCCGGGGAGUAUCAACUUAUCCUUAAGCCAUACAAAGGAAGCCUCUGGGGCUGCUCCUCUGCUACAUUUGACAGACAAGCCCGUCAGCUGCAAUGUGCAGUCAAAUGUGCAGCCAUCUAACACUGAAUGUUCUGCAGUGACUAAGCCUUCUUACGAUGAGCUAAGCGAAAUCUGUGAAGAGCUAACAAAUAAGGUGUUGGUUCGUGACUGGACAACGCUUAUGAGGAAUGCUGGUUUAUCAGAUAAUGAAAUAGACAUAAUAAUCCACGAUUAUCCUUCUGAUGCCCGUGAACAAAAGCAUCGUAUGGUAAAAACUUUAUGUGACAGGUUUGGACCUGAGAAUGCUUUAUGUAAAUUAUUAAAUGGACUACAGCAAGUGAAGCUUACCCAUAUUUAUGAAAAUUUACGGAAUGAAUUAUUAAUCAAGAAUAUAAAAAUUGUAGAAGAUAAAGGCAGAUGUCUCUAUUUUGUAAAAAAUGCAGAACAAAAUCUGUAGAGUACAAUCUGUGCAGCUGUCUUUUAUUGAUACAUAUUGAUUUUUGCUGAGGUAAAAACGCCACACGUGGAAACUAGUUCCAUUUCUUAGAGGUUGGCGUGAUACAUACAUGCUAUGUGUAUCUUAGCAAUAAUUGCUGUACUUGAACAUCUGUGAAAUUGUUCUACUUGAAAGAAACUGGAACGAGUUUUAAAAUUAUCAACUUUUUUGCCAUAUUGAGCCAAGUAAAAAAAUGAAUGUAUACAGCCAUAUAGGAUACAUGUUCAGCAUGAAGGACAAGGUAUAAAUGUGCUUUUUAUUGGAAUGAUGUCCUUUAUCAAAUGUAUGAAUGAAUUCUUAGGGUAACAUCUCAUUGAAAUAACUUGGAUUUUUACUUGAGUUAUGGAAUACGUUUAUAUGCAACUUCUAAGAGGCUGUAAUUUAACAGUUUUUCAUUACAAAAUGAACUCUGUAUAUAAGCUUCUGUAUUAGUAGCCAGUAUGUCCCUGCACUGAAAUGAAUGAUGGGAAACAAAGCAGUUCAGUGUUGGCAGUGCUGUGGCCACAAGAGGUGGCUAGAU